UCCAAACACGAAUACCACAUGCCACAUGAAAUGCAGGCUCGAGGAACAAAUUUGUUGAAUUUGGAAUCAUUGAAACGGAGGACGGAAGACAUUUCAAGCUAUAUUUGGCAACUAGAGAACGCUAGAGCCACUCAACCAUGAUAAUUAACUGCCUCAUCAGCAUUUAAAGUUUCUUAUGAAACAAAGACAUCACUGAGCCUUUUCCAAGUCAAAUAUAAACGGAUGUUUUGUUUGUGUCUCUAAGGAUGAUAUAUGUUCACUUCACUUUCACAUCGCCAAAUCCAAAAGUAUCAUAAAAUUACUUACAUUGUUAUGACUAUAAAAUAAUCAGGAUUUUAACAAUGGGUGUUUCGAGUUCAAAGGAGUACAAUGUCAACAAUUCUGAGCUCGACAGAUUAAGCACAAGAAGUUAUGAUUUUGAGCUCGACAGAUUAAACACAUCAAAUGAAGACCUACAAGAAAUGGAAGCAAAAUACGAUUACGUUUUAGUUUCUAAAGACAUUGACAAUGAAGAAUUACGUGAAGAACGUGACAGAUACGAGGAAAACUUAAGACACAGACGCCUAGACCUUAAUUUUGUUAGACCAAUAAGCGAUGAUCUCAAGAACAUCUGCUUCGUCCUAGUGCACGCUCCGUUAGACCCAGUCCUUUAUCAGAAAGCAGAGGACAUGAAUAUUCAAAUGCCAUUAAAAGACGAAAAAUUAUUGAAUAGGAUGGAAGAUACCUCCGAAAAUGAACAAGAAAAUACCAAAAGUAAGCUAAAAAGUUUGUAUAAAGACUUCGUACAUAAACGCCUAAAUCCAUUCACAGUAAAGAAACCCGCCGUUCGCACUCAAAAUUGGAACACGGCAACUUCCUUUUCAAAAUCAAAUGUUAAGGCUUUUCAGAAAAAAGACGACAAUGGUUUCUUUGAGAAUGCUGAAAGAAGUCGAAUGGUAAAACGAAUUCUACAAUUGACAUCGUUUAAAGUUGACGAAUCAAUGGAAGUCAUUGAACACUUUGAUGAUGACACAAGUCGUUAUAAAGGUCAUGGUAUUGAACAGUUGUGUCAUAAAGGAGUGUAUGAAUCUUACUAUCCAAUGCAUGAUGGACCUUCAAUAAUACAUAAUAAUCACGUGGACAACGAUCGGCAAAAGUUGCGCGCAGACUGGGCAACAUUUUCAAGGUCUUUAAAAUACCAACCUUUAGAUGCAAUCCGUGAUUAUUUUGGUGUCCGUGUUGGUUUCUACUUUGCAUGGCUUGGGUUUUAUACAGCUUUUCUGGUUCCUGCAGCUGUUGUGGGUUUGUUGUGCUUUCUUUAUGGACUUUGUACUAUGAACACAGCACAACCAUUGAAAGAGAUAUGUGAUAAAAAGAAUGAGAGAUUAUUCUACAUGUGUCCACAAUGUGAUCGUCACUGCAGCUACUACAGUCUUACAUCAAACUGUCAUUACUCCAAACUCGCUCAUUUAUUUGAUAACGAAGCGACCGUAUUUUUCUCUGUCUUCAUGUCAAUAUGGGCGACGCUUUUUCUUGAAUGUUGGAAACGAACUGAGGCGAAACUGGCUUUUCGAUGGAACGUUUACGACUUGCUUAAAGAAUACGAGCCAUUGCGUCCUGAUUUUGUGAGCAAAGUUGAAACAAAGAAAAAAAAUCCAGUGACGGACAAAGAUGAACCAUAUUUACCACGAGUAUUAUCAUACGACGCCAUCUUGGUGCAUUGGCUGUUGUUUUCUUCAUGGUGCUUGUUGUUGUCUCAACAUUAUUUAUCAAAAAUCGCCGUUUAUUUGACGAACUGGGAGAAUCCAAGAACGAUGGCCGAUUAUCACAAUAGCUUCACAUUAAAAUGUACGUCUUUCAGUUCGUGAAUACAUAUUCUCUUCUACGUCGCCUUCUUUCAAACCAAUUUGAUCAACGGUAAUCCCUCAAAGUACAACAGAAUCAAUGAGCGAAGGAUCGAGGAGUGCAAUGCAGCUGGUUGUUUGAUUGAUGUUUGCAUACAACUUUUUGUCAUCAUGAUUGGCAAACAAAUUCUGGGACUUAUCUAUGAAUUUGUUUUUCCUUGUCUUAAGAAACGCUUAUGGUGGGAUCGCUCCCGUUCUUUAUACAAGAAUAAAAAGAUACCUCAAUGGGAAGAUGAUUAUUGGUUGGAGGAAGAGCCCGAAUUUCGCAUAUUUUACGAAUAUCUAGAUAUGGUGAUACAGUUUGGUUUUGUGACAAUGUUUGUUGCCUCGUUUCCACUGGCUCCUCUCUUUGCCGUCAUUAACAAUUACGUGGAAAUCCGAGCUGACGCCAUCAAUUUUGUCGUAAAUUAUCGACGUCGAGUCUCUGAGCAAGUUAAAAAUAUCGGAAUCUGGUUUAAAAUCUUAGAAAUACUUACGACAAUAUCUGUUGUCGUAAAUUCGUUUGUCAUCGCUUUUACGACUGAUUUUAUACCAAGGUUUGUGUACGUCCAUUACUACAGUGAAAGUGGUUCACUCGAAGGUUAUGUAAACAAUUCCCUCAGUUAUAUCAAGAUAUCAGAUUUAGAGAAAGACAGUCUUCCCGAAGAUCCUUAUAGAAAUCUGAACUAUACACUACCUUACUGCAGAUUCAAAGAAUAUCUGGAACCAAAUAAACCAUAUAACUUCAGUAAACAAUAUUUCACCGUAAUGAUGGGUCGUUUCAUCUUCAUCGUCGUUUUUCAAUAUUUCAUUUUCGUCGUACGAUAUAUCAUAAGGCGACUUGUUCCUAAAAUAUCCAGCUCGUUGCAGGCAAAGAUAGCACGAAAAAUACACGUUGCGAGAUUGUGCUUUCGCAAAGUGCAGUUCAAGCCAUGCAAGAGACAAUCAAACAGGAAUCUGAGCGAUGGGGAAACUCGAAGUCGACAUUUACAGAGCACUCUGAUGGUCAAUUGAUACGCAGAACCAAUUCCAGCAAAUUUAAACGCUCGUGUUACGUUUGAGUUUUAACAAAAUAGUAAAGUUAAAAAAUUCUUUGAAACAUUUUUAUUAUUUUGUCAUGUUAGCCGGACUAUGUUAUUUCUACAAACAAACAUAAGAUUUCGCCAUGGGAAAUAUUUAUAUCUUAUGUAAGAAUGCUUUAUUUGAGUCCGACAUCACUCAGCUGGUUUUUUAUUAUAUACUUUUCUGCGACGAAAAUUCGCAGCUAAAUUGCACUUUGCAGGCGAAAGCGAUCGUUUGCCUUUGUUCGUAGCAUAAAUGACAAAUGCAUACAAAGUUUCGCAUAUGUUUUAACGAAGUUGCAAUUUCUUUUUAUAGAAUAUAGUUUCUCAGUACCAGUCUCCCUGAGACGAUGGAAUCAGUUUGUUUUAAUUUCGAUGUUUAAUACUGUAUUUCUCAAAACUUAUUUAACAAUGAAACAAAUUUGUUGUCAAAUGAACUUUAAACCUGUAAAAACCUUAUAAUAGGUCAAACGAAAUGUCAAGCAUUUUAUAAAGACGUUAUUAACA